AUGUCAGUCGUAGUGCCAGGCCAAUAUAUCACUCCCGUAUACAAACUAGACGAGUCUAGUCAACGUCCGUUGAAGUUUUCUCCUGGUAGAGGAACCACCAUUUCUGAUAUAACCACCGAUACCAACACCACGAAGUCCAUCCCCGUUAUAACAUCAACCAUACUCGGAACCGUCCACAUUAAACAAAUAGACACCGAUGAUAAGGAGUUUACCACCAGCAUUGUCACUGUUGUUCCCAAAGGACAGACAUUCAUUGAGGAGUCCGCCGAUACGGAAACUUCGAUUAAUUUACCAAAGGAGAACGAUGUGGUGUUGAUUAGAAUUACCAGGAUCUCGCCUAAACAAGUAUUUGGUGAGAUCAUCUCGGUGGAAAGAGCCAAUGGAAGCGGCGGGAAUAUCUUGGCAGAUUCAGGAGUAGGUGCCAAUGGAAGCACAGCUCAUGCCCUGAUGCCACCUGGUUCAGCAACCACCAUCACCCAACAUGCAUUCAACCAAUCGACAAUUGCCCUGUCUUCAACCACCGCCAUUCAAGUGCCUGAUAUUGGAGAGAAUUUCCGUGGGGUGAUUCGAUCUCAAGAUAUACGAUCUACUGAAAGAGAUAAAGUCAAGGUAAUUGAAAGCUACAGACCUGGAGAUAUUGUUCGAGCUGUGAUUAUCUCUCUUGGUGAUGGGUCGAACUAUUACUUGAGCACUGCUAGAAACGAUUUAGGUGUUGUGUUUGCCAAGAGUGAAAAUGGUGCUGGAGAGUUGAUGUAUCCUAUAGACUGGGAACACAUGAUCGAUAUCAAAACAGGAGAGAUCGAAAUGAGAAAGAAUGCCAAUCCGUUUGUAUAA